GCGAUAGGGAUUGUGCCCGGGAAACAUUUAAAAUCUGAUUAGAAUAGUUCUUAACGAUUAUUAUGGCUAUUCACUAUUGUUAUUUCCCACGAUUUGUCUUAAGUUUAAUUCAUUUUCUCAAACUCUAAGAAACCUUAAAAUCGCUGUCAAAAAUCAGUGCUAAUAUUUUCGUGUUCAAAUAUUUUGAGGUUAUUUCAUGCUUAUUUUACAUAACUAUUAAUUUCUCAGUGGUUUUGAAUUAAAUUGUGAAAAUGGCUGGCAUAAGUCAGCCGAAGUCGUUUAAAACUACACAUGUUCCACCGUUAAUCGCGGGAGCCCUGGCCGGGGUGUCGGUGGAUGUGACCCUGUACCCCCUGGAUACGCUGAAGACAAGGCUGCAAAGUGCUCAGGGCUUCCAGAAGGCUGGUGGCUUUAGAGGAGUUUAUAGAGGCUUAUUAACAGUAGCAGCAACGUCUAUGCCCACAACAGCCCUAUUCUUCGCAUCAUAUGAGGCAACCAAAGCUCAGUGCCAGCCACUGGUGUCUCCUCAGUACGCUCCACUGACGCACAUGCUUGCUGCCAGUGUUGGUGAAGUUUUGGCGUGUGUGAUCCGAGUGCCCACAGAGAUAGCUAAGCAGAGGAAGCAGACGUACGUCGGCUCUAACGCCAUCAGCAGUGUCUCUAUACUGCUACAUGCGUACAAAUCCGAGGGUUUCUUCCGCGGAGUCUACCGCGGGUUCGGCUCCACGGUGCUGCGGGACUUACCCUUCAGCUUCAUCGAGCUGCCGGUCUGGGAGCUCCUCAAGAGUACCGUUAGGAAGCAUAAUGAUGGACAGAUUAGCAGUUUUCAGAGUGCACUAUGCGGUUCAAUCGCGGGCGGCUUCGCGGCCGGUGUGACCACGCCACUAGAUCUCGCAAAAACAAGGAUAAUGCUAGGCGAUGGGUACAGUGUGACCAGGAAAAUGCGUAUAUUACCCGUUUUAAUAGAUAUUUACUUCGAAUCAGGGUUUAAAGGACUUUUUGCAGGAGUAAUGCCUAGAAUGACAGCGAUCAUGAUCGGUGGUUUUGUGUUUUUCGGCGUCUAUGAUGACUCGAAAAAGUAUUUGGAAAAAUAUCUUGAUGGUAGUUAGCAUCGGUUUGAGAUGUAAAUGUUUUUUUGUCUAUUGAAGCUGUGCUUCACCCAAAGAGUUUUAAAAAAGUUGACAGGAACUAUUUGACACUGUUAUGCGCUUCCAAAGAAGUACUUACUAUAAAGAACCAAUAUAAUAUGUAAAGUACAGUCAAAAAUAGUUCAAAUAUUGUAAUUAGGCUUUUAUAAGUGAAUGAACAAAAGGCAAAAAUGUAGCAUUUAAACAUUGAUUAAUAUCAUCUGUUAAGUUUUUUGGCUUUAUUUUGUUUUGAGUACAUUAUUAUAAUGAUUUUAGAAAGUUUCUGGAGCCGAGGAAAUUCUGUGAUUUAAUGUUUCCUUCAUACAUCUACUUACCUACCUACCACCAAUAAAUUGGUUCCUAUUUGUUAGUUAUUUAUACAGAUGGCUUUUUAAUGUAAAAUAGAAAUAAAUUGAGUUGUUGUUAUACAUAGGUGUAUAGUUAUACAUAGUUUUAUAUACUUGCGUAGUUUAGUUAUUAAAGUAUGUAUAUAGUUGUUAUUCUGUGAUGUUUAAUGUAUUAAAAUAA